AUGAUCCACAACAACUUCUUUUAUCACUUAGAACAUGUCACAUCUAAUUUUACUGGGACUACUACUCUUCAGUAGUGGAAGUGGAAACUCUGUUUUUGCCCUUCCCCAUCAAAAGGACAAUGAAGUUGACAAUAAUGGUACUGAAUGUCCAGCCAAAAUGGGGCAGUGUUCAUCUCUCAAGUGUGGAUUUGAGUUAUUUGAUGCUAGCUUCUUCAACAAUACUAAGAUGUUGGAGAUUGUUAAGGAUGCAAAAGAGUUCAAUAUCCCCAUAAUGAGAGCCAAUAGAAAACUUGUGGCUUCCAUUAAUGGGGGUUUGCAGUACCCUUCGGUUCUGGUCUUCAAUCCACAAUGGGGCACUAUUCAACACCAACCACCAAACACCAAUAGAUUCAAAUACCCUUCUUCCUAUGCCGUACGAAGGUCUUCAAAUGAGGAAGAUAUUGCCUUCAUGACUAUUACUGAGUUAGGACAGCUCAUCAAGACAAAGCAAAUUACAUCUUUGGAACUCACUAAGAUUUUCCUAAGAAGAUUGAAAAGGUACAAUGGUGUUCUUAAGGCUGUGGUGUCUUACACAGAAGAAUUAGCAUACAAACAAGCAAAAAGGGCAGAUAGUUUGCUUGCCAAAGGAGUCUAUUUAGGUCCUCUUCAUGGUAUUCCUUACGGACUAAAGGACAUAAUCUCAGUACCAAAAUACAAAACAACAUGGGGUUCCACCAUUUUCAAGAAUCAAGUCCUAAACACUGAAGCUUGGGUCUACAAGAGGCUCAAGUCAGCAGGGGCAGUGCUGGUGGCCAAGCUUGUUUCAGGGUCAUUGGCCUAUGACGACAUUUGGUUUGGAGGAAGGACUAGGAACCCUUGGAACAUUGAGGAGUUCUCCACAGGCUCGUCGGCAGGCCCCGCCGCGUCCACCUCGGCUGGCAUGGUGCCCUUCGCCAUUGGAUCAGAAACAGCCGGUUCCAUCUCCUUUCCCGCCGCGCGUUGUGGGAUCACAGGGCUACGUCCCACAUUUGGCUCCAUUGGCCGGACUGGCGUGAUGAGCCUUUCAGAAAGCUUGGACAAGCUAGGGCCUUUCUGCAGAGAUGCAGCAGAUUGUGCUAUAGUAUUGGAUGUUAUUAGAGGAAGAGAUCCAAACGACAUGUCGUCCAGACACAUGCCCUUUAAGGAUCCUUUCUUAGUGGACAUUACAAAGCUGAGAGUGGGAUAUCUUGAGGAUGCUGAAAUGGAGGUUGUUAAGGUGCUGGAGUCAAAGGGUGUUAAGAUGGUUCCUUUUAAGCUAAAUUACACAGUGGACAGUGUUCAAGGCAUCCUCAACUUCACCAUGGACGUUGAUAUGUUGGCUCACUUUGACGAGUGGCAGCGGACUGGAUCAGAUCGAGCGUAUGAAGCUCAAGAACAAUGGCCUACUGAGCUUGGCCGGGCACGCCUAAUUCCUGCAGUUGACUAUGUACAGGCACAAAGAGCGCGUGGAAGGUUGAUUAGGGAAGUAGAAGAAAGUUUAAAAGGUGUGGAUGGUUUCAUUGGGAAUGCAACUGACUGGGAGAAAGUAUGUAUGGGAAAUCUAGUAGGGAUGCCUGUGAUCGUGGUUCCAACAGGCCUCAAGCCCAUCUCCCAUCCACCUCCCAACACUCGGCGGAGGACCACCAUCACCACCGGCAUUUAUGCUCCUCCUCAAAAGGAUCACAUUGCUCUAGCACUGGCAAUGGCUUACCAAUCAGUCACUAAUCAUCACAAGCAGCGCCCACCCAUUGAUGAUCUCGGCCCGCGUGACGUGAUUCGCAUUCCAAACCCACCCCCUCCUCCUCAUCAUCAUCCUUAAUUUUUAAUCAUUGUGCUAACAAAACUAUCUUUCCCACUCUUAAUUUGUUGGUAUAUUAUUAAAGUGGUGCUCCAUACGUGUAUUCCAUAUAGCUAUUUAUUGUGAUGUUAUAAAAUCAUUAUUAAAAUUUACAGGCUUAAGCCUCAUAAUCACCAACCAAUACCACGCGACUCCUGUUACUCACCAGUA